GCGUCCAGUUGGGCAAGAGCCUGGGAGACGCCUGUGGCAAAAAGUAACUGUCAAAUGCACGGCUCCUUUAACAAGAGCGAUCAGUCCGGCUCUGAGAGUCAUGGCGACCACAGCGUCUAAUCAUUACAAUAUUCUCACCUCCAGCUCCUCGAUCGUGCACUCGGAGCCCGGGAGCAUGCAGCAAGGGACGGUAUACAGAGAUGCACAGACACUAUUGCAAAGCGAUUACACCCUGCAGAGCAAUGGGCAUCCUCUCAGCCACGCUCACCAGUGGAUAACAGCUCUGUCACACGGCGAUGGGGCUCCCUGGUCCACCAGCCCCCUGAGCCAGCAGGAUAUCAAACCCACAGUGCAAACCGUCAGGGACGAGCUGCACAAUUCAGGCGGUUUACAGCAUCAGGCAAGACCGCCUCAUCUGGUGCACCAGCCGCAUGGAAACCAUCAUGAUGCAAGAGCAUGGAGGACUACCACAGCAGCUCACAUCCCUAGCAUGGCAACAUCUAACGGACAGAGCUUAAUCUACUCACAACCCGGGUUCAGUGUUAAUGAUAUGAUUCCGGGCACAGGUCAAGGAAUGCACCACCACGGUCUAAGAGAUUCCCACGAAGAACAUCACAGCCCGCAUCUCAGUGACCACGGGCACCCACAGCAGCAUCAACACCAACAGCAUCAGAGCCACCACGACCAUUCGGAUGAGGACACCCCAACCUCGGACGACUUAGAACAGUUCGCCAAGCAGUUCAAGCAGAGGAGAAUCAAGCUGGGGUUUACCCAGGCGGACGUUGGACUAGCCUUAGGUACGCUUUAUGGUAAUGUAUUUUCACAGACCACGAUCUGCAGGUUCGAGGCCCUGCAGCUCAGCUUCAAAAACAUGUGUAAACUCAAGCCUCUGUUGAACAAGUGGUUGGAGGAAGCCGAUUCCACUUCUGGGAGCCCCACCAGCCUAGAUAAGAUAGCAGCGCAGGGGAGAAAGAGAAAAAAGCGGACCUCUAUCGAGGUAAGCGUGAAGGGGGCUUUGGAGAGCCAUUUCUUAAAGUGCCCAAAGCCCGCAGCCCCGGAAAUCACUUCACUAGCGGACAGUCUUCAGCUGGAGAAGGAGGUCGUCAGGGUUUGGUUUUGUAACAGAAGACAGAAGGAGAAAAGGAUGACUCCUCCCGGGGGAUCUCUCCCCGGAACCGAGGAUGUUUAUGGGGACACCCCGCCACACCAUGGGGUUCAAACUCCUGUACAAUGAACAAACAAGAACCCCUCUUAAACUUUUUUUUUUUUUUCAUUAUUAUUGUGUCUGUUUAUUUCUCUUAUAAUAACAAACAGCUAAGCACUGGACUAUCCAAAGCGGUAGCAGGUGUUAUGAUAUGUUUUUGACCUGUACAAGGGGAGCACCCAGGCAAUGCAGUGAGUAUAAAAAAAUAAAUGAAUAAAUAUCAGGCGCUGAGAUAAAUGGUUUGUUUCAGAAAAGAGAGACAAUAAUAAUAAUAUAUAAUAAUAAUAAUAAUAAUAAUAAUAAUAAUAAUAAUAAUACGUCCUGUAAAGAUAUGCCCAGCACUGUGACAUGACAAUGUUUAAUGUGCAGCCCCAUUGUGGAAAGAACCCCGUAAAACAGUUCUGUACCGCAGGGCAAACUAAGGUUUACAUUUCUUAAUUUUGUACACUAGAAUUCAUUGUAAUGCUUUGUGCAGGGUAUUUAAAUCCACGUUCUAUGUGCAGAGAAUAUUGUCAGACAGACUGUGUAUGAACAAAUAAAACGCCAUGUUUACUACACCAACUGGAGCGAAUGGAGUUAAAUAGCAUCAAAUCGUCUAAGUAUGUAUUGACUUUACUUGGCUGGCUAACGUUUUUUUGUCUCGAGUGACUCCUCUCUUUACUAGUAUGCUAAUCGGAGAUGUGUUCAAAUGGAAUACAUAUAGUCUUAAUACUGUAUGCAGGUACAAGUGCAAUUGUAAUAGCCUAUGCAUGUCAUUACAGAUAUAUGGCAUAGCCAUGGGCAAGACCUUAAAUAUUCAAAAUACUGUUUUUACACAUUGCUUACAACAUGUUCGCUACUUACACCUUAAAAUAAGUAUAAAAAUAAAUAAAUAAAUAAAACACAUAUUUUAAACUGCACCCACCCGAAAGAAUAAGCUCACUUAUCGGGUAUACUUAGGUCAUUGGCACUUUUCAUGUUUGGUGAAAUAUUUAAGUCAUAGCUCAAUUUCUUUGCACACUGGGGCACUUUUAUUUUAAAUGAUUUUUUAGGACUAAACAGGG